UUCGAUUCUUGCGCAUAGCUUUGCAACGCAUUCGCUGAUGGCGUUGUAGUUCCGGAACAUCCCCGCCAUGGGAGCUAGCCAGUCCACGGAGAUCGGUGGCUUCCGGAUCUUCAAGGUGAACGAGGGCAGCCCUGCGUCGGAAGCCGGGCUCGAGGUCUUCUUCGACUUCAUCGUGGAGAUCAAUGGCCUGCAGAUGGAUGCUGACCAGAGCACCUUCGCCAAAGCCAUUCAGGACGCCGAAAACCAGAGGACCAAAUUGGUGGUGCACAACAUCCGCACCCACACGGCACGAGAGGUCUACGUGACACCGAGGCGUUGGGGCGGUGCUGGCUUGCUUGGGGCAGUGGUGCGCUAUGACUCGCUGGAAAGUGCCGAGGGGCAGGGCAUGCGGGUCUUAAGCAUUUUCCCAAACUCUCCGGCGGCCAUGGCGGGACUGGUGCCCAACAAGGACUUCUUGUUGGGCACCACCGAGGUGAUGUUCCGGGACAUGGAUGAGCUGGCAGAAGUGGUGAAUUUGUACAUGGGAAAGGAGCUGAAGGUCUAUGUCUACAAUCUGGACUCGGAGAGUGUUCGUGAGGUGAUCAUCGUCCCCAGAACUGAUUGGGGCGGGGAGGGCGCCAUUGGUGCGGAUAUCCGCACCGGGCUGCUGCACCGGAUCCCAGCUCCCAGGCGAGCCUUCAGCAUUCAGCCCACCUCUGCACCAGAGAGCGUGGACAACACGGAGGUCCAGGCGCCGGCGGCGGCGCUGCCUCAGCGGCAGCUGGACCCCCAGCAGGUGCAAGGCUUGCUGGUGCAGGUGCAGCGAGAGCUGACACAGCUGGAGGACUUGCAGAAGCAGCAGGAGCUCUCAGAUUUGCAGAAGCAGCACUUUCAACAGUUCUUGUACAUGCAGCAGCAGCUCUUACAGGUGCAGCAGACUCAAAGAGCAGCAUCGCCUCAGGCCGAACGCGGAGCGGAUCCAACACCCCAAGCGGACUCAAAGCCCAGUCCGGCGAGGGAGGAGCCACGCUCGAUCCCGAAUGGGGGCAGUGAAGGCGCCUCGCCGCCUGCCGCUGGCGGCACCGGGUCCGGAGGACCUGCCUCGGGUCUUCCGGUGAGUCCCUUCGAGCUGCCAGCGGCUGCGAAGGCUGCGGCUGCCCGACUGGAGCAUUCACCCUUCGACAUGCUGGCUCCGGGAAUCAUCUACGAGACCUCUGUCUCCUGACUUCCACCGCCGUCUCCGCGGCGGGGACGCGGCGCGACGCCCGGGGAAAACAAGCAUCGGGGCAGCCGGUUGUGCAUGGGAGCGCGAGAUGGUGAGAUGAUGAGAAGGGGUGGA